GGCCGUCUGUCAAUAAUGAAUGUCAAAUCAUAGAAAGAGUUGAAAGUAAACAAUGGCCACAAAUUAUACAAAAUAUGCUCAAUUAAUUAAUGCGUCGACAACGUACGCGCGACGAAUGAAGCGCCUGUCCAAUAGGAUCUUUGGCGAAGUUGCCCUACCCACCAACUCCAAGUCCAUGAAGGUUGUCAAAAUCUUCUCUGCUCGACCUCUGCACACAAAUGAGGAAAUUAUACACUAUUAUCCUAGACACAUGGAGACGCAUAAACUGAUGAUGAAUUUAAGAGAUUAUGGUCUAUUCCGUGAUGAGCAUCAAGACUUUAAGGAGGAGAUGAAGAGAUUGCGAGAACUCCGAGGUAAAGUCAAGGUUUGGAGGCGGUUGCUUGAUAAGAAGGCGGAAGAAAAAGAAUAAGUGGCGUAGUAUGUUUAGUAUAAUUAAUAUGUAAAAUAAAAAUCACUAUUUAGUAAC